CAUUACAGGAAGUAGCCACCUUUGUUAGUUCUGCAAGUCACCGGAUUCUUCAUUCAAACCUUGUAAAUCACAAAAAAAUGAGCAGCAGCAGCACCACUACCUACCCUAUCACCAUACUUUCUCAGUUUCUCGGAGCUUCCCCGGCUUCAGUCCAAAUGAGUCACAUCAGCGAUUCGGGGUUCAUUACAAAAAAGCUGUUUUCAUGGAUAAAGGUUUCCUUCAUUGUGCUUGCUUUGUUUACCAGGGUGACAUGGGAGGACAAAGUAGAAGAUCCCUCAAGUGCCCUUUUCUGCAUCAGCGACUGCUCCACAUGUCCUGUGAUAUGUUCACCUCCUCCUCCAUCACUCAUAACACCCUCACCUUCACCUCCGCACUCUCCGUCAUCAUCACUACCUUAUAAUUCCUAUUUCUCACCACCACCACCACCUCCUUCCAAGCCCAAACUAGCACCACCUCCUCCGCAGUCACAUUCUUCAGGGGCUCCUCCACCACCUCCUUUCAACUCCUACACCGCACCACCUUCAGGUUUGGGACAGCCCCUACCUACGGUGGUCUCAGCGCCGCAUGACUUUUCCUAUCCCUAUUACUACUUCUACGCUUCCGCUGCUUCUUCUCCUUCCCUUCAUGCACCCUUUUUUCUCUUGGUGUUCUUCCUAGUAUUCUGUCGUUGGUAACCAGUAGUUUUGUUCUAUAACGUGAAAUUAAUAUGUUGUUUGGUCUCUCCUACAUGUACUGAUGAAAGUCUCCAAUGCAUUGUUUUUGUUUUUUUUUUACAUAGUAUUUGUAAUUUUGUGGCAAAUAAAUAAUCUGUGUUACAAACGAUUUUGGUCUGUUCCUGCCACCCUUUUUCUCGUUCGUCCC